AUGGACUUGCAAUAUUCAUACACCAGAAAGCGAUACGAGUUCGGCAGGCCAUACUACUUUCAAGAUGAUGGGCCAAAAGUUCUGGAAAAUAUUUUACCGUGUAAAUCUGGGAUGGAUGACUACAUCACCAAGAAUCCCGUCCACAGUACAGCUCAGUACGGAACUGUCCUAGCGGAACACGAGGUGAACACUGUUCGUGCGGAAUAUGACCAGCAUGGAAUGAACCAUAUAGAGGGAGGAUGGCCUCGUGAUGUCAAUCCAGCAGAUUCAGAGCAGACCAUGAGAUUCAGAAAGAAAGUGGAGAAGGACGAAAUGUAUAUUCAUACCGUUCUUCAGCUGUCCCAUGCAAUGGAGCACUGUAUAUUGCAGAAUAAUGCAGUAAACAUCUACGAAACGUAUUUUUCUGGAGACGAACCUGCAUCAAUAGUAGAAAAAUCUUCUGCGAGGACUGUUAAUGUCUACAGAGACAUUUGUAAACCAAAACGACCAGUGACCCACAUAGCCUGGUCACCUGACGGGGGAUCCCAUCUUGCAGUAACUCACUGUAACUUGGAAUUCCAAAGGACUCCACAUGAUAUUAGUAACUUCUCUUAUAUCUGGGAAAUAGAAAAUCCAAACAAACCACAGUUAAUCAUGAAGCCUUCAGUACCGCUUGUGUGCCUUCAGUACAAUCCAAAGGACCCUCAUGGUCUUGUUAGUGGCUUGUAUAGUGGCCAAGUGGCAAUAUGGGACGUCCGUAGAGGUUCCAUUCCAGCGGAAACAAGUCUGUUGGAAGCGAGUCACAGGGAUCCUGUCCACAAUGUGCUGUGGCUUAAUUCUAAAACAGGGACAGAGUUUUUCUCUUCUGCAACAGAUGGUCAGGUAAAAUGGUGGGAUACAAGGAAGAUGGCUGAACCAACUGAAACAUUAAUACUGGACCCAGUAAAAAGUGAAGACCAGUCCCUGAGUAGGGCACUUGGAGCCUCCUGUCUUGAAUAUGAGGGCACAAUACCGACUCGAUUUAUGAUUGGAACUGAAAAUGGCACAGUAUUUGGAUGUAAUCGCAAAGGAAAGACUCCUGUAGAAAAAAUUGUAUCUAAAUACACAGCACACAUAGGUCCAGUAUAUGCUCUUCAGAGGAACCCAGCAUUUGUGAAAAAUUUUAUAACCGUUGGAGACUGGACUACAAGGAUAUGGUCAGAAGACUGUAAAGAAUCAGCUAUAAUCUGGACUAGUUUCCAUCGCGCGCUGCUGACUGAUGGUGCUUGGAGCCCGACCCGGUACUCAGUGUUCUGCACCACCAGGAUGGACGGGACGCUGGACGUGUGGGACAUUCUGCAGCAGCAGAAGGAACCCUGCCUCAGCGUCAAGGUGUGUGACGAUCCACUAAGAUGUCUGAGCAUCAGUGACAACGGUCAGAUGAUAGCUGUGGGAAGUGACAUGGGCACUGUGUACCUUGUGGAGAUCUCUGAAAACCUGGCCGAGCUGCAGAAGAACGACAAACCGUUGCUCACAGCUAUGCUGGAUCGCGAAAGCCGCAGAGAGAAGAUUCUGGAAGCGCGCAUCCGCGAGCUCAGACUGAAGCAGAAGGUGAAGUCAGGGCCCGCCAGGGAGGCGGCGCUGAAGGAGAAGGCGGCGCAGGCGGCGCAGCGGACGUCCAGCGAGGCGGUGCUGGCCCAGGUCGAGGCCGACUUCCGCGCCAUCAUUGAGAACGAGAUGAGUGCCGGUAAGGACGAAACGGACGAGGAAGAGAAGGCAGAAGAACCAGACACUGGAGACCCAUAG